AUGACUUCAAAGGGACUUGCAAUUAUCGCUGGCGUCGGCCCCGGCACGGGUGCCUCCAUUGCCCGACGCUUUGCCAAAUUAUACUCAGUCGUACUCCUGUCUCGUUCCCCGAGUAAUUUCGAACCGCUUGUCCAGGAGAUUAAUUCCAGUGGUGGAAAGGCCAUUGGCAUUAGCACCGACGUCUCGGACGCCAACAGUGUUAAAUCAGCAUUUGAUGAGAUCGAGAAGCAAUUCCCAGACUCUCCGUUGGCUGCAUCUAUCUUCAAUGCCGCUGGUGGCUUUGUGAGGAAGCCAUUCCUGGAACUGACCGAUGAAGAGUAUUCUACGGGGCUUGACUCGCAAGCAAAGGCCGGAUUCUACUUUGCCCAGCGCUCGCUACCUCUCCUUCUAAAGGCCAGAGAAUCUUCCCCCCACCCACCAACUCUCAUCUUCACUGGCGCAACCGCGAGUAUCAAGGGAUCCGCCCAAUUCGCUGCCUUUGCAAGCGGCAAGUUCGCUCUGCGUGCUUUGGCUCAAUCGCUGGCUCGUGAAUUUGGUCCUCAGGGUAUUCAUGUGUCGCAUGCUAUCAUCGAUGGUAUUAUCGAUAUUCCGCGCACGAAGCAGUGGGUUCUUCCGCAUGAAGAUGCUAAGCUGAGCCCUGAUUCGAUCGCGGACUCUUAUUGGUAUCUGCAUACCCAGCCACGGACUACGUUUGCGUUUGAGUUGGAUUUGCGGCCUUAUAUUGAGAAGUGGUAG